AUGAACUUGCACGCGAAGGAAUUGCCGAUCGCAUCGAAGGUGACUGCGGUGGACCACCAGAACAUUGCCGUUCUGUACCAGCUGGCGAUUGCAAGUCUGGACUUCAACAUGGUCGCUGAAGAGUAUAACACUGAAGACAUCAAGCCAAUCGAGACAUUCACGGAUACGGGACUCCUGGCACUUUCACAACUCAAGUUUUUGCAGUCUCUGGAUCUACGCAGUUUCUAUGACGUGGUGACGGAGCUGCUGUUGAAAAUCGCAGAAGCCUCCGACCUCCCGUGCGCCGAACGAAAGUUCGUUCUUCGCCUUGAGAACUGCAGCUACAGCUCACGCUAUGCAGUGACUCCGGACUACGGCGCAUCGUUUCUGCGUGAGCUGGAGCGGCUCAUGAUGCGUGUGAAAGCAGCCCACCCGUCUCUGCGGCAGCAUGUCGUCACGAUGGAUCGCACCGGUAACUCGUUCAUGCGCAUUGCCGAGUUCGGGCUCGCCGAUCCCGAUAUCUACGCCAAAUGGGAGGAUUGGGGUGAGGAUCUGUACUUUUGGCUGUCGAAGGGGCUGUCGCUGUCAUCGUCAUCGUCGUCAAAGCGGUGGGCGCGCGAGGGGGUGUAA